CUCAAUAUGUGUAAUAGAUACCAGAACAAGAUAGACAGUGUGAUGGGAAAGCUGUCCCGUUACGACACCGUGUUUCUGGGAGCAGACAAACCAGACCUCGAGCACAUAUCCCAACAAAUCGACAGACUCGAGCAGUCCAAGACAGAACUCGCAGAAAUUGAGAAACUCAUCAUUGAGAUCGAGGCCAUGAACGUGGUUGAAGGAGCUGACGCUACCUUCGCUAGAAGAAAGCUGCAGCUGAGAACGAAGUUAGAGACAGUAGUUGCUGAGUGUGACAGUAAGAUAAAGUCCCUGCAACUCUACGAGAGCAAGAUAAAGACCAUCGAGGGUGAUAUGAAUGCGCUGGAAGAGUGGAUAAACACGAGUUGUGACACCCUAGCAGGUAACCUGGGCGAGAAUGCAACCUUGCUGGAGUCUGUGAAGUUACUAGAUGGAGAGAUAUCAGUCCAGAAGACUCAUCUAGUGGCUGUACGAAGAAACACGGAGAAGUUCCUGAAGGAGUACAAGCCACUGAAACAAGGACCAAUACACCAGAAACUAAUGGCAAUAGAAGAGAACUUCAUAGAGUUGGAGGACAUCAUAGUGGAGAGGAAGCUGAAAUGUGAAGAGGAACACCAGCAAGUGGCUGGGUUCCAGGAGAAGAUGAACAACAUGUUCGACUGGAUACACUCUAAGGAACAGGAACUCGCAUCUCAGUCGAAGGUUACGUUAGUUAAAGAACAGGUGACUGCCCAACUACAAGACCAUAUAGAAAUGCAGCAAGACUUUGGCACAAUGCAGGCUCAAAUGGACACUCUUAACACGAUGGGAUUCGAUCUGUUCACAAAGUUUGAGGAGCGGUACCCGGAGUUGGACCAACAGCUAGCUACACUGAACACCAUGUGGGAGAACACUUGCAGGGGCUGUGUAGACAGGCAGAGAGUGCUAGAAGAAUCAAUUAGCAGUCUGGAUGAGUUCUGGUCGAACUACAACGAGUUCAGGGAGUGGUUGAGAGAUACCAGUGAGGUACUGGAAGCUGAACCAGACCCAGGAGUAACUCUCCAGGAUCAAUUCGAUGCUUCCAACGAGCUCCUCCAGAAACUUGAGACGAAGAAACCAGAGAUAGAUCAUCUCAAGGAGUUGGCGGGUAAGAUACCGAGCAGUAUUCUAGCUCAGAUCGACGAGAAGGAGGCUCCUCUAAAAACAGAGUUGGAGGAGGCGGAGGAGAUGCUCAACAACCAGGUCGAGUGUCUAAAAUCGCGAAUGGAUCGUCUCAAGAAGGGUUGUGCUGCUGUAGCUGAUUACAAUGAAGAGGUCGGGGAACUGAUCAUAUGGCUUAAGGAGUUCGAGCCGAAAUUGAACAUCUCAGUACAGCUGGACAGUACUGACCCUAAAGAGAUCAAAAACCUCCAGGGUAAGCAGCGAGUGUGGUUGAAGACCCUGGCAGAGAAGCAAGGUCCGUACGAUCAGCUGGCUGAGAAAGGGCGGGAACUGUUGGAUAAGAGUGAGGAGAGUGAACAGCACGGCAUAAACGCCAUUCUUCUCAAUCUUGCUGAGGCCUGGGAACAGGUAGGGGCGCUGGUCGAAGAGAAACGAAUAAAGUUAGAGGAUGGUUUUCAGCAUGCACACCAGUUUGAUAAGCACUUUAAGGAGUUAACUAGUUGGGUACAGGAGGCUGAUGCACAAACCACAGAGCCAAUGGACGACAACGAUUUGCACAACAGAGUGGAAAGGCAACAGCUUCUUGUAACUGGGUUAAAGGAAAACGAAGCUCGUUUUGAUCACAUUUUUGUCCUCGGAGAAGGACUGAUAUCCCUGUGUACCCCAGCAGCCUCGGUUCCUGUAUCAGAGAAACUAGAGUCUCUCCAGGAGCAGUGGGAGGCUCUCAAACAGCACUGUGUUAAAGAGCAGGAGACUCUAAAAGGAACCGUUGACAAUAUGGUAGAAAUGAAAGCAAAGAUAGAUUUCUACGGCCAAUGGGUGAACGACGUUGUUGAACACUGUUCCCAAUUGAAUGAAGAGCUUCCCGACGAUCUUCCAAAGAUAAGGAAGAUGGUUGACGGAGUUUUCGAGUUCACCAAAGAACUGCAAAACCAAGCACCGUUCCUGAACGACCUACUCGAACAGUGUGCUCUCCACGAGGAACAGGGAACUCUCUCAGCUGAUUUAUCGUCAGACAUAGAGGACGUGAAAGACAGAUGGGGUGAGGUUUGUCAGUUCCUAGAUGAAAGGUUUAUAGAGAUCCGACAGAAGCAGAUGGAAUUAGCCAGACGACCUGCACCAAAACCUGCUAAGGAACCUAAAACUGAUGCCGAAAAGGUUGACCUAGAAGUCCAGAACGUGGUAGCCUCCUGCUGCUGUGAGAGCAAGUUUAAGUGUGAGAUGGUGAGUGCGGGCAAGUACAAGUUUGGUGAGAUGCAGAAAAAGCAUCUGGUUCGGAUACUCCGGACUAACAUUGUGGUGAGAGUGGGAGGGGGUUGGGAGACGAUGGAGAGUUUCCUCAACCAGCACGAUCCUUGUAGAGUUACUGGCAAAGGGAAUGUUGAGAGUAUCUUGGCUAACCUGCCUAAACCUGGGGAGGCGUUAGGUCUGAUGAGUGCCAACUUGACGAGGAAUAAGACCGUGAUAGGGCAUGUAGACAGCUCGAGGAGUACUUCUAAACUGCAGAGUUGCUCUGGAACUGUCGAGUCAACUAGAGAAACAGAAACUGAUACUGAUUUUGCUCAUGCUAAGGGCGCACAAAGAUUUAUGUCCCGGAAUGAGAAGAGCAAGAUGACAGGGAAAACCACCACCAGGACACCGACUAAAACAACACAGAGGAAAAUGUUCACUCCGGUCACCAACCCCAGGAAGAAUGGAGCCGGGAAGCUGGGGACUGGUACUAGAGCUAAAUCUGCUGCCUCCACCUCCUCCCUCUCCUCAAGGUCCGCCACGCGCAGCACGCUUACUCCUGACAGACAAAACAUACCCCUGAGAAGAAGUAAGAGCUACGGUAUGGGUGACCCAGAGCCGGUGACCCCAAAAGGGAGAAACAGGCACCCCUCUGGAGGAUCAACAUCUGGUGCGAACCCCAAGGUCCUGUCAGAUAGGUUUUCUACUUUUAGCCCUGCCAAAGGAAUCAAGAGGAGUGAGAGUGAUUCUGAUAUCCAGAAACGCAGGUCAGGUAUUCCAGUACCUACUAAACCGUCAGGCAUCCCUGUCUCCAAGAGUCGAUCCGGAUCAAUCGGGAGGUCCCCCAGCGGCGAUCUUACUUCUGCCUUCUCCAGAUCAGCCAGCCUCAGGGGAUCGAAAGGGUCAAGUCCAGGACGACCAAAAAUAGUGGUUACUGAUGACGACGAUGAAACGUUUUGAAGGAAACUGUUUAUGAGAACGUUUGACGAAGGAUCAGAUGUGUGGCAAGAGUUCUCUCAUGAAUGUAUCACAUGACACAUAGGGAUGUAUUAUAUAGAUUCACGGACAAGCUAACUGUAUCGUGUUCAUACACAGACACCUCACUUACUAUGAGUUUAAUCAGGCCAGAUACAACAAUUUUAGGAUAAAUCUAUAUCUACUUAUAGUUCGUAGGACAUAUUUUCUGGUUUCUAAUUUUUAGUCAAACAAAAUAUUGAUAGUGAUCUUUGUUUUAGAAUCACCAUUGGUCUAAAUGAUUGUCGUAAGCCAAUGAAUGCGAAUUAUAUUAAGGUACAAAUUUUAAAAUAGACUAUUUGUAACAAUAACGGAGUUCAAUUUUUUCCAGUUUUUUAAUUUAGAACCAGCUUUUACUUUCUGGUUACCUUAUAAAUAUUGAAUAUUAUAUUUGUGAUUAAGAAGGCAUGUAUUGUGUGUCGAAAAACAGGUCGAAUGUCUAUCAUGAAGAUUUUUAACGUUGAGUUAACUUUAUUUAUUUAUUUUUGUAUUAUAUUAAUACACGAUAAUAUAAGAUGGGCAGAGCCCGUUAGGCAGAUUUUUUGCAGAGGUUUUCGUAGUCAAGUUACAGGUAUUUUGCAUAGUUAUCCAGAAGUUUCGAUUUUGAGAAUUGGUGAGGAAAGUUGUGGACAAAAUUAUGCAGAUUUACGUUGCAGAUUGCAAUUAUAAAAGGAGUCAAUUAUGUGUCUCAAUUUUACAUAUUGGACAUCCUUUGAUAUUUUAAAUUUGAGACUGAAUCCGAGACUGAAGGAUAACUGUUCGCUAAUUUUCUUUAGUCUAAAACAUUUUAUGAUGUAAGUAUUUGUAGUAUAUUGAAUUGGAAGCAUUGA